AUGGAGACACAUGUGGAUGACCUCGAUCUCGAAGACGAUGAGCCGGAGGACGAACAGGUUGGAGGUGGUACGAGCGGCGCGAAGAGCGCAGAGAACAACGAUGAACAGAUGUCGCUAGAUGGUCAGGAAGAACAUAUACCCAGCCCCAAAGAGGUCGAUGAUGCCUUCAUGGAAGCCUUCUUGUAUUCGCUCUAUACCGCCAAGAAGAACAAUCCAGGUGAACCACAUGGCCUCGACUUCCCUGUCCAGGCUUCAUUUCUUAUCUCCAACAUGAUACAACCCCAUCUAAGGCAUCAAUCACCGCACUACAAUAUCAAAAAGAGUUCUUGGAAGAAUUCCAAGAAGUUCAUCAAGCAUCUCGACAAAGAGGUUUUGGUAAAGUCAAAGGAUCGCAAUGGCGGCGAAACCGUCAUUUUGGAUAUCGACUUCAAAGACGAGCGGAUAAAGAGCUUCCAGCCAUAUCGUCUCCCAAAGCCAAAAUCCAGCGAGGCUUCCAACGACAACGGAAGCAGUGACAAGCUCGGCCCAGAUGCGGGGACAGAUCAGUCACUUGGCCAGAAACUCAACUUACAAGUCGUCUAUCGCGCCUCGACAAGACUCGUUCCAGAACUUCUCCCAAGCAAAACGACGUUCUACAGCUCCCAACAAAUCACUGCCGCUCUAAAACAAUACAUUGAAGAUAAUCCCGAGCUCGUUAACGAAUCCAAGAAACGCUACAUCAAACUCAAUCCCUUCAUAGCAAACAACAUCCUCGGCUCAAACCCCGGCGCUGACGACACCAGAAUCCUAGCAGCCGGCGAAGUUGACCGCGGCACCCUCAACAGACACAUCCUAGAAGACGACCACCUCUGCAUCCCAUACCAUAUCCUGCUCCGCAACGACCAAACGCUAGAGGCUGACUCAAGCCUGAAAUCAAAGGCCGGUCCACCACCAAAAGUCACCCUAACAAUCGAGCGACGCGGCGGCAACAAAGUCGUGACCGCAGUCGGCGGACUCGAGAGCUUCUUCAUCAACCCGCAGCUGAUCCGGCCGGAGUUGCAGAAAAAAUGCGCUGGGAGCGCAAGCGUAGGACAGCUCAUGGGUGGGAAGCCGGGGAUGUUGGAGGUGCAGGUGCAGGGUGAUCAGAGGGCAGUGAUUGAGAAAGAGAUACUCGCGAAGAGAGGGGUACGGAGUGAGUGGAUCGAAGUUGUGGAUAAGUCGAAGAAGAAGGGGAAGAAGUAG